UUUUUUUACACAAUCAUCUUACCGGGGGUUCUAUAUCUAUUCGUCAACAUAAGAAAAGAAUGCAAGCAACACUUAAACGCCCUCCUACAGGAGUUAAACUUUAUGCAAGAGGAGUCAAGAAAGGAAGAAUAUAUGGAUUCAGAUCUGUGUCUGAUCCAACGAGCUUUUUGGAAGGAACAUCUAGUAGAAUAACAUCCCAAGAGGUUGUCUAUGAAUGUGUACGAAACGAGAUGUGUGGGGAAAUGGAUGCUAAAGCUGCAGAAAUGGAAGCUAAACAUCAACAAAUGCGUGAGGAAAUGGAUGCCAAAGCUGCAGCAAUAGAUGCCAAACAACAACAAAUUGAUGCAAAAUAUGAAGCAAUGGAGAAGAUGUAUGCAGCCUUGCAAAAUAUGAUGAGAAAUUGAAAAUUAGAGGAAUGUGAACCGAAGAUGAUUGGAUGGACAUGAAAUGAAGAGAGCAACUAAAAUGUUAUUUUGAAAUUAUGUUUUGUGAAAACUCAUUUCCCGAUGCAUACUUUCGAUUUCUUUGUGCUAAAAUGUUAUUUUGAAGUUAAACCUUUGGGAGUUUGAUGUUAUAUGGAUAGUUUUGGUUUUGGAUGUUUUUUGAAUGAUACUUUGGUAAACUUUGAUAAUUUUGGUAUUAUAAUGUUUGGUUGUAUUGUUAUUUGAUGUUUUUUAGUAUAAAAAAUUGAUGAUUGUAG